GAGAAAAAGUGAUCUCUUUUGAAAUGGCAGGACCCAAUUCCAGAGUUGGCAUACUGCAGGGAUCUUUUCCCAGAAUACGCAUGUGCUAUCUUGUGGCUCCUGUCAACCUGUGGCUGUAGAUCUUUUGACUGGAAUGAUGCAAAAAACACCAAAAUCCCCUUGUGGCCAGAGCUAUUUCAGCACUUUACCAUGCUUUGAAUAUGCAAAACGGAAAACUGUCUGAAGGUCCAAUGCCUGCAACCAACAUUUUUAACGAAGGGAUGUCCAUUACAACAACCAGCAACAAAUCUGUACAAGAUGCGUUUCAUCCAAUGCCAUCGGAGUGGUUCAACAUGACCACAUUGGCAUUGCUUGAAAUUCAUCAUGCCUUCGCAUGGUUAUGAUUCCUCAUCUGCUGUUACUGUUGCUGGGGAGCUGCCCUCCGACGAGAACAUCGGUGAUGAACUGCACAAAUUGUGGGACACGAUGAAUUUUGAUGUCAAGGCUGCUGAACACGACUCUGCGACGACAAUUUCUUUCGAGGUGUAUUUAUGAUCCCAGAUGCGCGCAUCCCUUCUGUUUCCGUCGAACCAGACACAACCUCCAAGACCCCAACAACUGGCGCAGAGUUCAGAGACUUGGAGGUCUCCACAAUGGCUGGCAACGUCAUCAAAAUCCCAGCUACAGAUUUCAGCGUGGCCAUGGUGAAGAAUUGGAGGAGACCAGUCUUCAUGGGGCUCAGUUCCAAGUUGGAGGCUUUCGCUGGACGGACGUUGCCAAGCUUGCCAUGCCGUUGGGAAGUGGCACUUGGGCUUCGGAUGGAUCACAAAGCGCGAAAGCAAACGCGGCCUCUUCAGUGCGAAUCAAAUCGAAUCAAAGGCCGCAGGCAGUGUCGACCCUUCGGCCGUGUACCCCAACAGGAGAUCUCCCAGGAGAACCGCUGGUCGUGCUUGGAGCUGAGCACAGGUCAGUGCGUUGACGGUUUUGCGCCGCGAAGCUCCUGCCAUCACCACGGACGAAUUCUUGGGAAAGCAGAGAAGAUGAUAAUGCAGAGGAAAUAGUGCACCCCGAGAGUUUUUUGACGGAUGCGGGGAGAUUGCAAGGCUUCAGCAUUGUCACUCUCCAUCCCUCCUCCAGGUCUAUGAAGGGACAUACUGUCACAACGACACUGAGGAGUUCAUGCUGUUCAUCGCAGGUCGUUUGAAAGUGGCAUCGGACACUCUGAUGGUGGCAGCUAUUCAGCUGGUUAUGACUAACAUAGCCAUGG